AUGACUAUUGCUGCAUAUGCGUAUGAAACAAAUGAAGCAAGAAGAGCACAUGAACUAGUAAACGAAAACUCAACUUUAACCAUUGAAGGCAAUGAUUUAGUCAUUGACGAUGGAAAAACUAAAAAAGUCAUUGAUUUCGAUACUUUUAACACUUAUGACCCAUUCAUUACAACAAGCAAGGUUCCCAUCAUAAAUGAUGGAACGGUGCAAUAUAUAAAUUCUACAGUAGAUGCCUCAUUAGUGAAAGUAUUAAAUGUUCUCAUUGAAUUGUUAAAGAGCUUUCGAUUUGACGACAACAUUAAAUGCCUAAAGAAUUUAGUCAUGAAUGAGAAACAAAUUCUCGGCGUUGCUGGUAGCAGUAAUGAUGUACACCUUAUGACAUUAGAAUAUUAUAACGAACAUAAAGAUGAACUGAAAGGAGAGAAGGGUGACACCGGACCUCAAGGACCACAAGGAAUACAAGGAAUACAAGGAAUACAAGGACCUCAAGGCGAAAACGGUUUGGAUGGUGAAGAUGGAAAGGAUGGAAAAACUGCUAAAUCAUGGAUAUGGAACCUUAUAAAUACUGGUUUAACAGCUGCUUCAUAUGGAGUUCUUCAAUACCAAAUCGGAAAGAUAUGGGCAGUACUUGGUGAAGAA